AUGACUCAUCUCAAAUAUCUACUCCUCGUUUCAAGACAAGGCAAAGUAAGAUUGUCAAAAUGGUACGCACCUCUGAGUACAAAAGAGAAAGCAAAAAUUAUCAAGGAUUUAACCCCAACAAUACUUGCACGAAAACCUAAAAUGUGUAACAUACUGGAAUAUUCUGAUCAUAAAGUUGUAUUCAGGAGAUACGCUAGUCUAUAUUUCAUAUGUGGGAUAACCAUAGGCCAUGAUAAUGAACUACUCACUUUAGAGUUAAUCCAUAGGUAUGUGGAGACAAUGGACACAUAUUUUGAGAAUGUUUGUGAACUAGAUAUAAUAUUCAAUUUCCACAAGGCGUAUGAUAUCCUAGAUGAGCUAGUCAUGUGUGAUGGAGCAAUAGCUGAAUCAAGCAAAAAAGAAGUACUACACCACAUUGCGGUAAUGGAUCAAUUGGAAGGAAACGACACACUGGAGCGUGUACUGAGUUAA